GUCGAGGUGGGUUGUUAUUUACCUCGCUGUCCCUUCUCAUGGGCUCGUUCCCUCAUAGCCAAACCAAUCCAAUAACUUCAGCUGCUGACAAAACACCGACUGAGUUCCUGCUUCCUCCAGCUGAUGGUUCUGGCUUCAGCCAAACCGAAUGAUUGUGCUCCAGCUCACCUGCAGAGGUUUGAUAAACUCUCAACUGCAUGGCCACCUGAAAAUACCCAGGACCAUGCAAAACAUGGCCAGACCCAGUUCAGACCUGGCAGCUUUCAGGAAGACUUUCUCCAAGGCCAAGAAUAUAGCCAUCCUCACCGGAGCAGGGGUGAGUGCAGAGAGCGGAGUCCCCACCUUCAGAGGAGCAGGAGGCUACUGGAGAAAAUGGGAAGCACAGCAACUUGCCACUCCAGAGGCCUUCUCCAGGAACCCCUCCCGUGUUUGGGAGUUUUACCAUUACCGCCGUGAGGUCAUGCUGACAAAAGAUCCCAACCCCGCCCACCUGGCCAUCGCUGAGUGUGAGGAGCGACUGAUCAAACAGGGACGCAACGUUACAGUCAUCACUCAAAAUAUUGACGAGCUCCACCGCCGUGCCGGAUCCAAAAAUAUCCUGGAGCUCCACGGAAGUCUGUUUAAAACACGCUGUAUGAGCUGCGGUCAUGAAGCCGCCAAUUACCAUAGCCCCAUCUGUGGUGCUCUGAAGGGCAAAGGAGCACCAGACCCCGACACAGAGGACGCUCAGAUCCCUGUUCAGCAGCUGCCCAGGUGUGAGCAGAAAGGUUGUCACGGUCUCCUGAGACCAGCUGUGGUUUGGUUUGGAGAGACUCUGGGCUCAGAUAUCCUCUCCCGCGCAGAGGAAGUGUUGGACAGCUGUGACCUCUGCCUCGUGGUUGGCACUUCAUCCGUUGUGUAUCCAGCCGCCAUGUUUGCUCCUCAGGUGGCAGCCAGAGGUGUCCCUGUGGCCGAAUUCAACAUGGAGGACACGCCGGCCACCAUGCGCUUCAAGUUCCAUUUCCACGGCCCCUGUGGGACCACGUUGCCCCCCGCGCUGGAACGCCACGAGGCUGAACCAAAAUGAGUCCCGGACAUCAGCUGCACACAGACCAGACUGUCUAACACUGGAGGACUUUAUUGGCGUUGUUCCGCUUGCUGAAGAUGGGAUGGUGCAUUAUGGGACUUUAAUGUAUUGCAGGGAUUCCCAACCAGUGGUACUCUGUGGUUACCCUGAACUGAUUACCAGGGGCUACAUGGACAGCUUGUGGAGAAGCUAAGCUAAUUUAAAACAAUAUGAAUGAUCCACAAAUUGGUUUAGCAGAUUCUUGCUAUUCGCGUGUCCGCCAGUGAUUCAGAUCUAAUCCAAAAAUAUUAAAAGUAGAUUUUUUCAUUACCUAAUUUAGGUUAAUUAAUGUAUCACAUUUUUCAUCAGUGAUAUCAGGAAAGUGCUGUUCCUUCCAGAGGGCCUCGAAUGUACUACUUAUGUUGUUGUUUUAAUGUACAGAUCUGCAUGCGAGUAUUGUUUUAA